AUGUUUCCCAGUUUGACUGUAGGACCUCAGAGUCUUUAUAGAGACAGAGAGGUUCCUGCACACAUACCUCUGUUCCCUACAGCUUGUGACAUGGCCCCCAGGCUCCUAGGCCCCCCUCCAAAGCCGCCUUCUAAGUCUCCGAAAGAGGAGGUGGGGAUGGAGCUGGAGAACUCGUCUCUAUGGAAACAGUUCAGCUCUGUGGGCACAGAGAUGAUCAUCACAAAGAAGGGCAGGCGGAUGUUUCCUGGGCUGAAACUGAAGCUGUCGGGUUUAAACCCGUCUCUCCGCUACAUCCUCCUCCUUGACAUCGUUCCAGUUGACGACUCCCGCUACCGUUUCCAAGGCGGAGGUUGGCAGGCCGUGGGCGGGGCAGAGGCGAGGCUGCCGGACCGAGUGUUCAUCCACCCGGACUCACCUGCCACAGGUGCACACUGGCAGAGCCGCAGCAUCUCCUUCCACUACGCCAAGCUCACCAACAACACUCUGGACACACAGGGACACAUCAUCCUGCAUUCACUGCAUCGCUACCAGCCCAGAGUUCAUGUGAUCGAAGCCAGAGAUGUGUUGAGGUGGGGGGGCGGACAGCACACCUUUGUGUUCCCAGAAACCCAGUUCAUCACCGUCACUGCGUACCAGAACCACCAGAUCACAGAGCUCAAGAUCAACUCUAAUCCCUUUGCUAAAGGCUUUCGAGAAGGUGGAAUGAACAGCAAAAAACAAAGAGAUGCACGACAGAAACGCAAAGUGACCGUCCUGACAGAAACCUUAGACGUCGUUAACUGUGGAUCUCCUGAAACAACAACGCUGGCUCUCCCCUCCCUGCCUCCACUGACGGACCCCUCCUGUGGCUUCAGACCUGAGGAGGCCACAUAUCCAGCCCCAGAUCAGAGUCUAGACCUUGGCCAGGCAUUUAUCACUUCUGAUAUAAGCAUGGAGAUAGCCACCGGGCUGCAGGACACAGGAGGAAUAACCUGAAACUCGUCUCUCCUCCACAGGUCAGACGCUCUGGCUGAAGCGACGUACGAGUCGGACUUCUCAGCUGCUCAGUCCAACUCCUCCUCCUUCCCCCCAGCUCCUCUUCCUCAGUCAUCUCCCUCCUUCUCUUCUGACUCAUCCCAUCCUCAGGCCUCCUUUCCUCCCAUUGACUACCCCUCCCUUCUCCCUGCCACCCCCUCUCUGCAGCAAACCAGAUUCACCUUCCCAACACCUCCUCAUUCAGAUGCCUCCUCCCCCCAGCUGUCCUCCCCCUCUAACCCCUACAGCGCCCUCUCAGAGUCAGCACCCCCUCACAUGCCAGGCUCGUUUCAGGCUCCAUCGAACUCAUGCCAGCCAAACCUGCAGGAUCCAGGAUCAGCUGAUUCUCUUCACAGCCAACAAGCAGAACCGCUCCUUUAUCCAGAACUCCUCCCUAACACAGAUCCUGGGUCAGCUGCUGCCCAAACAUUCACUAGUCAGCACCAACCUAAUAUCACCUCCAACUCUUUUCCUUUCCCCUCUGUUAACCCCAGCCCCACCCUGAACCUCCCUCAUCUAAACCAGCAAGUGUUCUCCCACCCCCCCUCCACCUUCCAAUCAUGUGUCUCCUCUGCAGCUCUUCCCAGUCCCCCCACCUCCUCCUAUACCUCCUCAUACCCUCCAGUUGAAAUCAGCACCUUGUCUCAGUUUAACCCUGCCACCUCUUAUCGCCCAGACGUGGUUCUGCACCACCCAAAUCUUUUACCCCAGCUGGAUCCAUCACUGCCCUCCUCCACCCCUCCAUCAGCCCUUUACUCCACCUUCCCAUCAUACCCUCUCUACUUGCAUCAGGACCCUCACUCGUCCCUCUCCAACCCCUUCAGGCAUCUGUACAGACAACCCCAGGGGUCCUUCAUCAGCACGAGAACAGUGUUUUAA